GGGGUGACCUGAGGGAUGCCGAGCGAAGUGGAUAAAGAUGUGUACCGGCAGCCACCUGCCCUGACCCCGGUCUACGAGAACAAAUCUGGCCUGCCCAAUGUGUUCGCCCUUAUCACCAAUGUCUUCACCUACGCCGUGGACAAGCCAGUCACCCUGUUCCAUGACUGGAUGGAAAGUCAGCGAUCGAAGAGAAGAAUCUAUUACUACCAUAGGGUGUUCCAGCGGGUUCCCGACCUGUCCCAGUGUCUAGAAGACGAUGUGCUUUGCCACUAUGAAGCUGAAAUGCAAUGGAGGAGAGACAUGAAAGUUGAUCGGAACAUCGUGAGGAUUAUGCGAGAUCGGUAUACAGCAUGCAGGGUCGUCGAGGGUUCCAGUGCUGACCAGAACUGUGCAGAGUUGAAGGAACAGUUCACAGAAGUCUGCAAAGCUUAUAAAACCAGAUAUGAGUUCCUCGGGGCGAACGGCAAUGCUAAGAAAUGCCUAAUGAAGCAGAAACAGAGGAUGAUCGAAGAGCGGAAGGCUGCCGCGGCAGAGCAGAAUGCUGAGGCCUGAAUACAUGGAAUUCCCUCCUACAAACAUGCCGUGUGUCUCUUGUUUCAGAAUGGAACAUUUAACCCUGUAAUAAAA